AUGUUGAAGGCGCAUCUGGUUCGCAGUGAGGGUGAUGAGCAGUAUUACAUCGCCAAGACAAUUGAUCUCACGUGUCUUUCAAGCAAGGAGCGAGAGACUGCAAAGCAAGAGGUGGCUCUUCUAAGCCGGCUGAAUCACCCGAACAUUGUCUCCUACAAAGAUAACUUCUUCAUGGGUGCCAAUCAGGAUACUCUUGUCAUCAUCAUGCAGUACUGUGAAGGAGGCGAUCUGGCUACUUACAUCAAGGACAUGUUGAAAAAGAAGACACGAAUCGAUGAGUAUCAGAUCAUGCAUUACUUCGUGCAGAUUCUGCAGGCAUUGCAGUACAUUCACGGCGAGCGGAUCCUGCACAGAGACCUAAAAACGUCAAACCUCUUCCUCAUGAAGAGCAAGUCUGUCGUGAAGCUGGGAGACUUUGGCAUUUCAAGGGUCCUAGAAGGCUCCAUCGAGGCUGCAAUCACUGUGGUUGGAACUCCGUACUACAUGUCUCCGGAGGUGUGCGAAAACAAACCAUACACAUUCAAGAGUGAUGUCUGGUCUCUGGGAUGCUGCCUCUACGAACUUUGCAUGCUGAAGCAUGCCUUUUCUGCCGACAACCUGCUAGGGCUUGUGUACAAGAUCGUCAGCGACAAGUAUGAGCCCAUCCCAGAGCGCUACACGCCGCAGCUGAACACGCUUAUUCAGCGAAUGCUGGAGAAGAACGCAGAGCAGCGACCGAGUGUACGGGACCUUCUUGCCGACUCUUAUGUGCAGUCUUUCAUGAACGCGGCCGUGCAGAAUCGCCAUACCAGUCAAAGCACAGCCGAAGGGCCGAGCCCUGCUCCUCCAGGCGGUGUCACAUUGCCGCGGAGCUCCGGUAGCGUACGGUCAGGCGCUUCUCAGGGGCCGCCGGAGCGACCGCCCUUUGCACCGGCGGAGGUGCAACGUGGGAUCCGGCCUGGACAGAAGCCAGUGCGACAGACUGGUAGAACUGCUGCAUCACGUGCGGCUGCGCGGGCUUCAGAGACGCCCAAAGAGGCGGCUGCCCGACGCAAACGCGAGGCGGCAGACCGCAAGGCAGAGCAGAUGAAAAUGGCUGCGAAGCAGUCGAUGCACAACAAGACUGUUGCGAGGCAGAUGAGGGAAGCAGAGUUUCAGACUACCCUGGCCAGUGGUCUCGGUGCUGCUGCGACGAGCCCGAGCCCGCCGUCCCCUCCACCCGGGGGCUUUGGAGCCGGAGGACCCGCGGCGACCAGCGGGGUGAGUGCCAGUCCCAGCCCCACAGCUAGCCCGAUGCACUUCGACGAUGAAAUCGAUGAGGAUGAGCCUCUCGAAGAAAUCGACGAAAGUGACUACUCCGAAGAGUAUGAGGAUGACUUUGAGGAUGCACCGUAUUCCGAGGACGAGGAUGAAGCUGUUAUGUCUGAUAUCGAGGAGGUCUACAUGGGCCCCGGUGCAGGUGCUCUGUCCAUCGUCCGUGAAGAGGAGGAUCUCUCAAGAGUGAUGAACAACUACGAGCAGGACCUGGCCAGAAACUCUGGCUCGGCCUCCCCUGCUCCUUCACCAACCCUUCAGCCGCGGAGGACGGGAAGCCUGGAUCGGAGCCCGGUACCUCCUCCGCCAGUUCCUGGCUCCGCCAUCAUGGACAUGCGCUCUCGUGCCUCACGCUUGAAAGAAGAGCUGAUCUGCAAGAUGGGUCAGGAGACUUUCGAGAAGGCCUUCAACUUUCUAUACAAUGCCCGCAUGAAGAACGCUGAUCAGCGCAGCGUGAAGCGGGACCUCGAAGCACUGGUCGGUCGACAGGUCUACAAGGACUACUGCUUCGACGUGGACCAGCUCGUUUUUCAGCAGUUAACAUAUGGUGGAACCUGA